CCGCAAGCAGGAGAGCCCAACACGUAAAUACCAUGUACUUGUAGCAGGUUCCGGUAUUGCACGGGGCCAAUAGUUACAAACCUUCUGCAAUCUCACCAGAUCUCUUCCCUGUAGAACCCGCCAUGGACUCGCCGUCCGAUCCUUCAAACCGGGAGGCUGCUAUGAGAAGGCAAAACAAGGGACCUGCUUAUAAGUUCUUGGUUCCCCUUGUCUAUGCCCCUGUCCUUCCUCUCAUUCGACUGUCGCUGCGGAAGAAUCCGGUUUUAAGGGACCGUUUGUUUACGCUUGUGCUGGCAGGGGCGUUUGCUCAUGGCCUUUAUCUGGUUACAGACCAAUACGAUAUCGAGAGCAAGUGAAUGCGUGGAGCAUGGGUCGAAACAUUUGAUUGCCUACAUUGCUUCUUCAACUAUAAUUGGUUUAUGGACCUUGUGUAGCUCAGAUCUUCUGGUAACUCCAUGAAUAGAUUAGGGCGAUUUUGAUAUUACAUCAUGUACUUUUCUUUUGUCCCUUCAGCUAAAGAAUUGAGAUAUGCACCCUAUGUUGCGUCUCUUAUUGCAAGUGAAAUAAUUACCAAAUGCCAAAGCUGCUUUUCUA